AUGAAUCGUCUUACCAAUGGCGUGAUCGGAUUGGCAAUAAAAAACUCCUUCUUCUUUAGUACAGCCAAAAAGGCUAAAAUGGAAUUGACAGUCAGAACUCCAUACAAAACUAUCAUCGACAAGUUUGACGGCUUCUCUAGAAUUGUAGCUAAGACCAAUGAAGCUGCUCUUAUCAUAUAAAAUCGUACUCCAGCUGCAGUAUAUAUUUUACCACCUGGACCAUUGAAAAUUAAAUUCACUUAAGAUGUCAAAGGAGUAACUGGAGAUUUCUUGCAUUUGGGAGGGUAUGUAUUUGUCAACCCAGAUAACACCUGCGAAAUCAAUUUGUUAGAUGUUGUUGAUAGAAAAGAAGCAAAAGUCGAUCAAUUUGAUAAAGCUGAUGUAAAAGAUGCAGAUACUGUUGCUGGAAGAUACGCAGGAAAAAUAAGGAGAGCUGCAUAACGUACCUUCAUUAAAAAAGCAACAGCAUGAUUUAUAAUACAUAAAUAAUUAUUUAAUGUAUUUGAAUUUUAUGUA